UGUGUGUGUGUGUGUGUGUGUGUGUGUGUCUCACUAAUGAUAUUGUGGCUGUAAAUGUGGGGCAGAGAGAUAGGGAGUUGUUUGGCUACGCUGCCUGGUCACGUGUCUGAUCUGGAUGUUAAUCCACCGGAAAACCUUCCUCUCCUCCUCCUCCUCCUGUUCUUCUUCGCCUUCAUAUUUAAAACCGACCUGGACUCUACCAAUGAAUAAAAACCCUCCCAGAGGAAGAAGUUAGCACUUUGCUGCAGAGUUCAAGUGGAGCAGUCUCUCUCUCUCUCAUCCGGCCGCAGCUCCAUCGAUGCGCCAAGAUGACGCACAUCUCCGCUCUCUUGGCUCUCACUGUGACAUCAGCCCUCCUGGUCUGCACGGCCGCGCAAGCCUCCAUCCACUGCAGCUGGAGCAAAGUUUCUUCCGACGGCCGACUGCACGUCAGCUUCCUGCGGGGGGAUCCGCGCGGCAGCGCCGCGGCGCCGCGCCUGUACCAUGGCGUCUGGUCCGGGCAGCGCGCCCUGCUCGGCUGCACCUGGAGCGAUGACGCAGCGCUGACCCAGAGCUACCUGUCUGAGUGCCGGGGCCGCGCGUGGGGAUUCGACGACCGCGCGGGGGAAGCGUUGGGUCUGGAGUCCUUGUUUGACGCGGGUCGGUGCGUCUCUCUGGCCUCUGCGAGCCUCGCUAAUCUCCCGGAGCGCACAGCGGGGAGACACGUGAGGAGCCUCGGGGGUCAAGGCGAAGAUGAAAGGUCAGGGGUUAGGAUACAUGCGCGUGUGAAGCGCGGCUUUAUCGUCCCCGGGACUCUGUGGUGCGGCUCUGGCAACAAAGCGCCGUCAUACGCAGAUUUGGGUGUUUUUUCAGACACAGACAGCUGCUGCAGGGAGCAUGACCAGUGCAAACACACCAUCCUGUCCUUCCAGUCCGACUUUGGCGUCUUCAACAGCAACAUCUUCACCAUGUCCCACUGCGACUGCGACAACAAGUUUCGCAGCUGCUUGAUGGAGGCGAACGACAGCAUAGCUGACGUGGUGGGCUACACCUUCUUCAACCUGCUCAAGAUGCACUGCUUUACCUUUUCUCACCGGCUCCAGUGCGCCGAGAGGAACUGGUUCGGCAUGUGUAAAAAGACUCAGAUGGCGCUGUACGCCGACGUCCACUCGCCCGCGCUGUACGAGUCCAGUGAGUCCAAAGAGGGCUGCAUCAACGGCUCCUGCUCCGACGUCAACUCCACCGCACCCGCACGACUCCACGAAACAAACGCGUCACGUCCACACCUGCUGUCCUCCACCGCUGCCACGGAAACGCUGUCCUCAGCCUCAGUCACUCCCUCCGUUACCGGAGCGACCGAUGCUUCGAACUCCACAGACGCAGAGGCGUCAGCAUUGACCGUGAGGAGAGAUGACCCGGGGAACGUUUUACCCUUCACGCCGCUCACUGCGGUUCGGCAGCACAACGCAGUUACAGAGGAGGACAGGUCUUGCCUUCUGUACAAAGAACUUGAUGAGUGUAAGAACAAGAUCCUUCCGCAGCAGAGGAAAUAUGGCCUCCUCAACACAGAGGCAGGAACGCUUUAUCACUGCAACUGCACCGCCAGACUGUUCCACACACUGACUCAACAGAGACGACUGAGCAACGUGGAGACUCUUCUGAUUGGACAUGUGUCUCACUCCUGCUUCCUGCCCCAGGACUGCACGUCAAGCAGCAACUGCACUGCGACGUUGGUGACAGCAGCACUUCCUCGGCUGGACCCAGCUGGUGUUGAAAGGGCGGAGCGGCGACACCUACAGGCAGAGAGGCGGAAGGGCAGGAGGCCGGGCGGGACGAAAGCAAAGAGGAAAGACCGAGCCGUGAGACUUUACAAGCUGUGUGUGAGAAUGACUCGACGACAAUCCGGGAGGAACAAAAAACAAGUCCAAAGCACAGAACCGCCUAAUGUCACAGGAACAGAGGUCAACUGAACGGCCAGUAGCAGGGAGGACAAAAGACAUUGUGGAAUAAGUGAUUAAACAUGGUUUUAUAGGACUUUAUUCAAACAAAGAAACAUAUUUCAAUUAUUUUACGUUUUUCCCCUCAAUGAAAGAUUUUUUUUUUAAAGAACGUUUAAAAAAAACUUUAAUAAUUCAGCAAAAGUAAGUCUUAGUUGUUUAUACAAAUCAACCUUGAGCCAAUCACUGUUAUUCUUAUUUCAGCUCUCUUCAAUAAAGUUACUAUAUAUUAAGCUUUUAGGUUGAAAAAUUAAAUAAAAAAAAAUUGAACAUGGAAAACUUACAGACAUUAUUUCCAAGGCAACCUUGUUGAAUAAUAAUCAGCGUUAAAGCGGUUAGUCCUUCUGGAAAUGAAUGCAAUGUUGCCUCAUGGCCAGGAGAGGGCGGUGGUUUCCAUACUUUGAAACUACAAUCUUUAAUCGGCUCUUAGGCCGACAACAGAACAAGUCAUUUUUCUUUUAUUCUCUCCAUACAGCAAACAUUUCCCCCAGCAAUGUAUUUUAGUAAGAAAAAGUGAAUAAAGAAAUAAAAUAAGAAAUUGGAAUACAAAGACUUUUACAAUAAAGAUUAAUGUUUUUUCUCAACAUUUCUGAGAUAAUAACUGGCAGAUAUUUAUUUCACAAUGUCUUAUGUUUUAUUCAGAACUGAAAACUUCUUUGGGACCCUGUUGACUAUUGCACUAUUAUAUAUUUAUUUGAUCAACCUCUGAGUCGCUGAGGAGCUUAAGCCAAACUCCUUCUGGAAUCUGGGAAAUGCAUUUCUUCUUUAGUGGAACGUUGCAGAACUUACUUCCGAGGAAAGUUGAGCCUGAGGAUGGUUCACGUUUCUGCUACUGCACUUCAUAUAAUGUAUUGAUCUGCUCCAGAUCUGGUGCCUGUUUCUCUCCCCAGCUGGUUCGAAAAUGUGAAAAAUGACGGCUUCAAAAAUGUUCACGCUCUUGUUACGACGCCACCUGUUGGUGAUGUGGAAACCCCCCCCCCCCCACCCCCAAAAAACGUGACAGUCAUAAAUCCUUUCAAAUGUUUUUCAGAUGAUGUGACAUUUAUUACGUGGAGUUCAACUGAAAAACAAACAAACAUGUCGGAGAGAAGGAAAGAAAAUCAAACCUAUUUGAUUAUGAGGGCAAUUUUAGCUCCGGACUUUGACUAGGUCAUACCAGAACUUUAAUAUUAUGCUAAUAAAGGCUUUAUUUUUCUUGAGCUUCAAACACCUUGAUUGUACUUAAAGUACUGUAACCCCAGAGCAUGACCCUGCCACCAAAUUAAUAACUUUUCUCCAAAAUGUUGCACAGGAUAAGUGUCACAUGAUAUGUGGGGGAGGGGAGAAUUGUCAUGUUUUUAGUUUUACAUAAAAAAAAAAAAACAUCUGAUGUGAACAUGUUUGUUAGCUGCUGUCUGUCUGUAGCCCAGCUCCUAUUGGGGCACGUUGAAGUUGUAUUUAUACAGAAUUCUUGUGAUAACCUUUGUAAAUGUGUAAAUGUUGGUUGGCGUUGCAAUGAGCUGGAAAUCAU